AAAAUUAAUAUUUAUAUGAGAUCAAAAAUUAGAAAUAUUGCAAUUAUUCCUCUUCCUACAGUUAAAAAAAGCUUAUUAUUAUAUUCAAACUAAAUAUCAAUCAAAUAAAUCAAAUAACAAUCAAAAUGAUUAAAAGAAACCCUAUUUUAUUAUUAUUGAUGCUCUCAUUAAAUCUCGUCUUUCACGUCAAUGUUAAUACUGCGACGACACAAAGUUAUAUUCCUAGAAAAGUUGAUUUUGAUCGCUCGGGAAUACCUAAAAAUAUUUUACUUGGCUCUUAUAUUGGCGGAAGAAGUCAUGUAAAACCAAUGUUAGAUGUUGCUGCUAUAUUAAUUGAGAGAGGUUACAAUGUAACAUUAUUGUCAGCGGGAAGAUAUGAACCAUCAUCAGAGUACCCAGGUCUAAAUCAAAUUACAUUAGGACCUCCAAUGCGUAUCAAAGAUUUGAAAAAUGUAAAUAUCCAUGAAGAUUCUGGUUUUAGAGGGCUGUCACAGGUUACGGAAAUGAGCAUAAACGACUACGGCAAAACUUAUGAAAAAUAUAAGAAAGUUGCAAUAGAAUAUAAUAUUGAUUUGUUCUUUUGUGACGUUUUGGUAAAUGAUGCUUGUAUGGAUAUUGCCAAUAAUUUAAAGAAACCUGUUAUUGCUUGGUCUUCGUUUCUUCAAUUUAUGGAACCCGUACCAUAUAAAAAUGAUCCGAUGUUCGGCUGUAACAUCUCAUUAGAAAAUGAAUCAUUUUUUGAGAGGUUUAGAUGUGCUUUAAUACAACCUUUACAAAUAGCUUAUACGAUGGCGCCUCUUGCGCGUCAAUUAAAUGACGCAAGAAAACAAAUGAAUAUAAAACCGGUAUCGGGAAAAAUGCCAAAAGUAUCAUUAGCUUUAGUUGAUACUUUCUUCGGUUUUGAGUUACCGCAACACUUAGCACCAAAUGUUCAGGAAAUUGGACCAGUAUUAUCAAAAGAAUAUCCUCCACUUACACCAGAACUCUCUAACUUUAUGAAUGCACACGAACGAGUUUUAUAUGUUGCUUUUGGUACACGUUUCUUUACAACAACUGAGAAUAACAACAAAAUUUUACAAUCACUUGUUGAAGCAAUCAACAAAAAAAUAAUUGACGGUGUAGUUUGGCCAUUAGUUGAGACAUCAAAAGAUAAUUUUUAUCCAACAUUAAACUUAACUGAUGGUACACAAGUUCAAACUUUACCAAUCUUAAAUAAUGAACAUCCACAUAUUCAUAUUGCAAAUUUUGCACCACAAUUCUCUGUACUUAAUCACACCAAUACGAAAUUAUUUUUUAGUCAUGGGGGCGCAGGAAGCGUUCAUGAAUCUCUUUAUACUGGUACUCCUAUGUUAAUACUACCUUUUGGUGCCGAUCAAAUAGGCAAUUCUCAUAAAUUAAAAUCAAUUGGUGUAGCAUUAACGUUAAAUAAACUUACUUUGGAUGUUAAUGAUAUUUUAAAUAAAAUUAGUAAAUUAAUAGAAGAUGAGAAGAUAAAGAAAAAUUUAAAGAGAAUGGAAGUUUUAGCCAAAAUCAACAGUAAAAGAAAAUAUAGAGCUGCUGAUUUAAUAGAAUAUAUUUUACAAAACAGUGGUCUAGAAGAAUAUAUUAAUGAUGACUUCUUAAAAGAAUGGGAACCUGCUGGGUCUAGAAUGGGAUUUAUCAAAGCAAAUAAUUUUGACGUUUAUGGGGUUAUAUUAGGUGUCGUUCUUACACUUUUCGGAGGAAUUGCAUUUAAAUUAUUCAAAUUGAUUUCAAAUUCUUCGUCCAUUAAAAUAAAAUCAAAAAAAGCAUAGACAUUUUAUUUUUGUUUUAAAUAGAAAUAUUAUCAUUAUAGAACUAGGUAAAUUGACUUUACUAUGUUAUGAAUACGUCACAAUAAUUUUUUUUUAAUAAUAUCAAUUACAAUUUCAAAUUUCUACAAUUAUUUUUAUUAUGUUAAAAAUUUUUUUGAUUAUAAACAUUCAUAUUACACUUAA